AUGUCUUCUCACGCUCCGCCUCCUGGGCCUCCCCCGCCCUCUGUGCCAGAGGGAUGGAAGGCUCAAUAUGAUGAGCGCUAUCAGACCUGGUUCUACAUCAACACAGCAACUGGCAAGUCGCAAUGGGAACGCCCCGAAGUACCAUCCGCACCAUCCGCAGCCCCAUCUGGCCCCCCACCCAAUGCCGACUAUCAAUACCGUCCCCAGUCGGCAGGCCUCCCCGGCGACGACAAGAAAACAAUGGCCUCCAACAAUCCCUAUAACACAAUCAACCAGUCCACCACAAACAACAUUGAUGACGACGCCCGAUUGGCCGCCAAGCUCCAGGCCGAAGAAGAUUCUCGGGCGCGCAGCGCAACCGGCGAUCGCGGCGCCGCAUCAGACUACUACGGCGGCGAUGCCUCUCAAGCACCACCCGGGUACGGCGCCAGUGCCGGCGCCAGUGGACCGGGUCCCUCGCAAAGUCCCAUGCCUGAGCAGAAGCGCAGCAAGGGCGGGUUCCUGAGCAAACUGAUGGGCAAGGCCAGCGGGUCUAGCUCAUCAUCGCGUCCACAGUACGGCCAGCAGUAUCCCUCACAGCAGCCUCAGCAGUACGCUGCGUAUCCGCCACAAGGACAGCCUCAGGGUGGCUACUACGGCGGAGGAUUUCCGCCACAGCAGCCCGGGUAUGCAGGGUACCCGCCGCAGAUGGGCUACGGUGGUGGUUAUGGACCGCCGCCGGGUGGGAUGUACGCGCAACAGCCGGCUCGCCGAACUGGCGGAGGAGGUAUGGGUACUGCGGGUGCGGCGGCGCUGGGUGUGGGUGGUGGAUUGUUGGGUGGUAUGUUGAUUGCGGAUGCGAUGGAAGACCACAAUGAUUAUGGCGGUGGUGGUUAUGGUGAUGACUAUGGGGGUGACUAUGGCGGUGGAGAUGAUUUCGGCGGCGGUGAUUUUUGA